GUUGAAGGUCCUCGUUUUUGCAGAAACUCUCCAACUUCUUGACUAAUCGCCACCAUGGGUAAGGAGAAGCUCCACGUUAACAUCGUCGUUGUCGGUCACGUCGACUCCGGCAAGUCCACCACCACCGGUCACCUCAUCUACAAGCUCGGUGGUAUCGACCAGCGCACCAUCGAGAAGUUCGAGAAGGACGCCAACGAUAUCGGUAAGGGUUCCUUCAAGUACGCUUGGGUCCUCGACAAGCUCAAGUCCGAGCGCGAGCGUGGUAUCACCAUCGAUAUCGCCCUCUGGAAGUUCGAGACCUCCAAGUACUACGUCACUGUCAUUGAUGCCCCGGGUCACCGUGAUUUCAUCAAGAACAUGAUUACCGGUACCUCCCAGGCCGAUUGCGCCAUCCUCAUCAUUCCCGCCGGUACUGGUGAGUUCGAGGCUGCCGUCUCCAAGGACGGUCAGGCCCGCGAGCACGCUCUCCUCUGCUACACCCUCGGUGUCCGUCAGAUGAUCGUCGCCGUCAACAAGAUGGACUCUUGCCAGUACUCCGAGGCCCGCUUCACUGAGAUCAAGGAGGACGUCGCCAACUUCAUCAAGCGUGUCGGCUACAAGCCCGAGUCUGUUGCCUUCAUCCCCAUCACUGGUUUCCAUGGUGACAACAUGAUCGAGCCCACCACCAACAUGUCCUGGUGGAAGGGCUUCGAGAUCACUCGUGGCUCCGCCAAGCUGACUGGUCUCACCCUCCUCGAUGCCCUCAACCACAUCGAGCCCCCCUCUCGCCCCACCGACAAGCCCCUGCGCCUGCCCCUUCAGGAUGUCUACCGCAUUGGUGGUAUCGGUACCGUCCCCGUUGGCCGUGUUGAGACUGGUGUCCUCAAGCCCAACAUGACCGUCACCUUCGCCCCCUCCGGUGUGACCACUGAGGUCAAGUCCGUCGAGAUGCACCACGAGCAGCUCCCCGAGGCCAUCCCCGGUGACAACGUCGGCUUCAACGUCAAGAACGUCUCCGUCAAGGACAUCAAGCGUGGCUACGUCUGCUCUGAUGCCAAGAACAAGCCCGCCCUCGAGACCAACACCUUCCGCGCUCAGGUCAUCGUCAUGAACCACCCCGGCCAGAUCACCCAGGGCUACACCCCUGUUGUUGACUGCCACACCGCUCACAUUGCCUGCAAGUUCGAGGUCCUCGAGCAGCUGCUCGACCGCCGCUCGGGUAAGGCCCUUGAGGAGAACCCCAAGUUCAUCAAGUCCGGCCAGGCUGCCAUCGUCAAGAUGAAGCCCUCCAAGCCCAUGUGCGUUGAGUCCUUCACCGAGUUCCCCCCCCUCGGCCGCUUCGCCGUCCGUGAUAUGCGCCAGACCGUUGCCGUCGGUGUCAUCAAGGACGUCGAGUUCAAGGAGGCUGCUGCUCCCCGUGGUGCCGGCCGCAAGAAGUAAGCGACCAAUGUCGUGCUCUCUGCUCCUUUCGAUUCCCGGGCCCUUCUCCUCCUCGCCCCUCGCGGGUGUUGGUCAGGGGGGGUCCCCCAGGGGUCGGUCGGGGGGAGAGUGCCCACACUGGUGGCCCACUUCUGUGGCAUGAAUCUUGCCGCGCUGUGUGAAGCCCUCUGUGAGCCUUCCCUUGUGUCUGUGUUUGUCGCUCGCUGCCCUUUCUCCCCCGGGGUUGCGCGCCCAGCACAUGUGUGCCCGGAAGUGAGAGAAAGCCCCGCCCCCCACUCGCUGGACCGGGAACUUCUCUCUCUCUCUCUCUUGUUUUGGUGUCCGCGCCAGGAAGAGAGUGACACCCCCCGCGCAUGUGGCUCCCCUCUGAGUCCGGCCCUGUGUGUGUGUCUUUCUGCACAUAUGUGCGCGCGCGGCCCCCUGGGCUUCGUGCUUCGA